CCCCGGCGUGGGCCUGAGCUGGCCGGCAGCCGCCCCUGCGUGACCGCCUGUGCCGGGGUCAGGCCCCCUCCCCGCCCGCACGUGUCUGGACGGAGCAGCCGCCCCUGGGCCGGGCCGCUCCCGCGCGGCGUCUGGGUCCGGCUGCCGGCGGCGGGUUGGAUUUUUGUUGCCCUGUUCUCCCUGCCAGAAGGCAGCUCGUGGUUGGGGGUGACGUCUGCCCCAGACAGGAAGCAACAGCUGGAGCAGUUCUUGAACUAAGUUGGAGGCGAGACAAUGGCCCAGGAGACUAAUCAAACACAGGUGCCUAUGCUGUGUACCACAGGCUGUGGAUUCUACGGCAGUCCCCGAACCAAUGGGAUGUGCUCAGUUUGCUAUAAAGAGUAUCUACAGAGGCAACAGAGCAGUGGCCGGAUAAGCCCCCCAGCAGCAAAUGCCAGCAACAGCCCUGCGGCUUCAGAUUCCAUCCCAGGGCAGGGCACAGAGGGAGACCCGACGCCUGAAGAUGUGAAAACCAGCACUCAGACUCCUGUGACCCAUCAGAUGACGGCCAUGAGCAUAUCCAGAGAGGAAACCAGCAGCGAGACAGUCGGAUACAUUAGCACAGACGAAACCUCCUCAGCAUCUUCCUCAUCAGAGACCCUCCUUGAAAUAUCCCAGAACUCUGCUGAGGGGGAGAAGACUUCAGAAAAACCCAAACAGAAAAAGAAUCGCUGUUUUACUUGCCGGAAGAAGAUCGGGCUAACUGGUUUCGACUGCCGCUGCGGGAACCUGUUCUGUGCCAUCCACCGGUACUCUGACAUGCACAGCUGCCCGUACGACUACAAGGCGGAGGCGGCCGAGAAGAUCCGCAAGGAGAACCCCAUUAUUGUGGCAGAGAAGAUCCAGAAGUUGUGAAGGAAGCUGAGCAUUGAGUACUUGAGCCUUGUGGCGUGGCGCUCCUCCCACUCCCGUUCCCGUUCCCUCCCCCCCCCAGGUGUCUGGGAUCCUGCCAAGAGGUGAGGAGACUCAGCAACCCUGUGGCUCCUUCCCCCCCACUUCUUUUCCUCUACCCGUCGCUCAGUUGACCUGUUUUUAACCCGUUUUCAACCAGAAAAAGGGAUCCGCACCUACCCCGCCUGCCCUCCCCCUCCCCCGUUAAGAGUUUGGACUUGUCUUCCAGCAGGGCUGCGUAUACAGCUUACUCGGCAUGGAGGAGUUCAGCAGCCCUCCCGUUCUGUCGACAGGCCCCCCCGCCCCCCCUUGCAAACGGGAGCCUGUUGUGAGCGUCGGUGAGUCACUGCAGCACCUCGCUCUGGACGCUCAGCAGCAAACGUCAUCUCCUCUCCCCCUGAGGCUCCCGUUUGGGCUUAGACGCAGAACAAGGAUUCUGGCCCGUUACAGCUCUGAGUGUUCCCCCUUCCCCUUAAGCAGCGGUUGGUGUCGCGACAGAAUCGUGAAGCGGCGGCGGCUGGUGCAGCAUAAGGAGCUCGUGGCUCGCGGACGCUGCAGCCAGACGUGAGCGUUACGCCCGUGAGCCAGGAACGUUGAGGAAAGACCCGCAAAUGCCUCUUGCCCUUCCCCAGGCUUUGUGGGAUGCUGGGCUCCGCUGCGGGGGCUGCUUUCAACGCUCCGGCGGGACGUCCGGCGCUAGCCUCGUGCUUCAGACUCGCCCAUGUGCAGUUGUUGGCUGCUUACCGAGCAAGGCCGAUUGUAGCCCCACCGAAGCCCACGCGCCAAUAACCCCCUUCCACCCCUCCCACUCUUUACCUUCUGCCUUAUUGUGUGAUUCUCUCUUAUCAGGGUUGUGCGCAAAACUCAGACCAGCAAUCCUCCUCCUCCUCCCUUUGCUGCACGCAUGCAAAUCUCAGAGAGCUCUGUCCUCCCUCCAGGCCUCGCUGAUAUUCAGUGAGCCUCUCUCUCGAGUGGGUGGAUCUGGUGGGAAAUCACACUGAGCCGUUGACCUCUCCCAGCUCACUGCUUGUUCCCCAGGGUGCAGCGGCAGGGGCGGAUCCUCAGCUGUUGUGAAUCAGGGCCGCUCCAUUGCCUUAUAGCAGCUGAAUCUGCCCGCUAAGGAACUUCUACCAUUCUGAGUCGUACAGGUCCCCCCAGUUCCUGGGUGUGGCUCAAAGGGGCUGAAUUUGGGCACCUCUGGGACCCAGACUGAGGUGCUGAUCCUGGAUUCGUGGUGGGAGAGGAAUGUUGGAAACUCACAGGGUCUGGCCCUCCAUUAGAUUUGAAAAGAGGAUUCGGGGCGGGUGUGAAAUCCACUCCUGUGCGGCGCGCCAGCCCCACACCCCUGCACCAUUGAAAUCCCACUUCCGUUCCUGUGCUGAGCAGGACUCAGUACAUAGACGCUGGGCUGGCUCUCUGCAGAGGAGUGAAUUUCACCCGGGCCACGCAGCAGCUAGCCGCCCAGGAAUCAGGCUGCCACUGCUGCUUUGAGGUGGCUCGUUUCUGGGCUGUUUACAGGACCCAACAAACUGAACAAGCCACGAAUCCUAGAAGCAAAGGAAGUGAAAUGAGCCCCGGGAGAACGAAGCAACUAAAAUGCCUCUGCCGCCGCUUUUAAACUAGCCCACGUGAUAAACUGUUUCCUUAAACAUCGACUUCAUAGUAAAAGUGCAAAGAGCAGUUCAAUUCACCGGGCCAGACCUGAGCUGCUGUAAAGCAAUCCUGAAAUCCACGCGGCCUGGCCCAUUCAUACCAGCUGAGGAUAAAGAUGUUUAAUUUUUCUACCUGGAUCCAGCCAAAUCAGUCUCUCCCCUCGUUGUCCUAGCAGCAUUCCCUGCAGAAGGUACCAAGGGGAAAGAAUUCAAGGGCUAAAUUCUGGGCUCAGUAAAUCCAGAGUAACUACAGUGGAGACAGAGCCUGAUUCACUAGUCCCGGCCUCUCCAGUCUUACACUGGAGUAACUCCAUUGAUCUGCAUGGAGCUAGUGCAUAAAACUGGAGUAACGCAUUGGUGAAUCUGAUCCGCUCUGCAAAUCCGGAGUAGCUCCAUUGACUUCAGCGCAGACACGCAGGGCUAGCUCCUCGGCUGGUGUGAACUGGCUGGUUCACACCAGCCGAGGAUCCGGCCUGGAGCACCGAUCCCAAGUAGCAUGGCUGACUUCGUGUUAAAUUCCAAGUCUUGUUUGGUUUCGGCAGAGGUGCUCUAGGUACGUACCAAGGUAACACGGCAAUGAAUCAGAGCCAGGCUGUAAAUGUUCUCGUCCGUGCAGAAAGCUGGAUUAUCUCCGCUGGAGUCAUUCUGGAUAUACACGGGGGCUUCUGAGACCAGCAUUUGGUCUCCAGCAGUUUGGGGUCAUAUAACCAGUCUUGGGGGUUGGUUUCCUUCUGCGCCAUCCUUUUGUUAGCCUAAGUGGGCUCGUUUGGUCUUGUGUUUAAUUCAAGCCAGGAGGGUGAACGCUAGCGGUUUCUUCCUCCCAUCGUACGCAUCCUGGUGCCCAUGCUCAGCUUGAGUCUAGCAGAAACCCCACUUUCUUCUGGAGAGACAUUUUUAUUGGUGAAAAGGGCCUGCUGCACCCUGGCUGCCUUGGUCCCAGCAUGGGAGCCCUGGAACCGUUCUCCGAUCACACACUGUCAGUAGCAUUCACAUUAAACCUGGGAAUUCUUUACCAGGGGGAGGGGCAGUUCAUUGUGGAUGGAAGCCCAAGCAGUGAUAAACCAGCCCUCUGUUUCUCCCCCACUUCCUCUAUUCUCUGUCUUCUUCCUAGAAAGUCUGAUACCAGAUAUGUAAAUAUUAAUAUAUUCUAGUUUGCUUGGA